CACAAGCUGGCUCUCCCUCCCUCUCUCUCUCACCCACUUACUCAGUAUCGUUUCAUCUCUCUCUCUCUCCCUCUCCCUCUCUCCCUCUCAGUCGCCGUGCUUAGACGGAUGGGGAUACACUGCCAAGGAGGACUCUGGUGCAAGAAGAGUGUGUUUCUUUCCCUCUCUUCCGCCUGGCUUCCCUCAUGAGCCGCUCGUUCCAGCCCCCGGUCCCGAGGAUGAGGAGGAUCUAUUUGUGAGGAAGACGCAGCAAAGGAGGAGAGAACAAGGAGCAACAGGGUGGUGAAUUUAUCCGAUCAGGAGUGAGCGAGAAGAUCUUUUUCUUCUUCUCCAGGCUCGACCAAGGAGUCCUGACUCCCAGGAACAGCAGCCAUGUGAGCGGAGCUGUCCGCGAGCAGAUGAUGCCCACAUCCAGCUAAAACCCAGCAGCUCCCCCCUUCCCUCUUGCUCCUGCACCCUCCCUCCUUCCCACAUGAGGACAAGAAGAUGACUAUCACCAGCCGGCAGUCCUUCAAUGUCCUGACGGUCAUUUUCCUGCUGCUGUCCACUGCAGCUCUCUCAGCUCAUUACCGGGUGUGUGAGCCCUACUCUGACCACAAGGGGCGCUACCACUUUGGCUUUCACUGCCCGCGCCUGUCAGACAAUAAGACCUACAUGUUCUGCUGCCACCACAACAACACGGCCUUCAAAUACUGCUGCAACGAGAGCGAGUUCCAGAUGGUCAUGCAGAUCAACCUCACCACCACCUCAGAUGGAUACGCACACAAUAAUUAUACUGCCCUGGUCGGCGUGUGGAUUUACGGCUUCUUCGUCAUGGUGCUGCUGGCGCUGGACUUCCUCUACUACUCAGCCAUAAACUACGAGCUGUGCCGGGUCUACCUGGAGAAAUGGGGUCUGGGCGGCCGCUGGCUGAAGAAGGCCCGGAGUCAGUGGAACAGGUCAAUGCCGGAGGAGAGUGAAGCCCAGACUCCAGCCCAGUCCAUGGUGCCCAGCCACUACCAGCCCCGACACAGCCUCCGAGAGGAGAGCCACAGCCCGACGCUCCUGCCCUACAACACAUCCACCGCAUGAGUGAUGCUGCGAGUGGAUGAGCUGAAGAGUUGCAGCUUCUUGUUCCCUUACAUGGCACAGAGGAGCUGCCCCCUCAGACGUCACUCUCUGGACCACAGUUACAAAGACCACUGGUGGGCUAGCCAUACUGUAGUGGUUAGAAGUGACUACUGCACCUUUCUAAUGAGCACAAAUCACCCAAGGACGGACAGAAGCAGGUUGAUAAGGAAUUUAAGCAGUGAAACACACACACUCAGCUGCUUAAAGAUGUUCAGUGAUCCCCUGAAACGUUCGCCAAGGCCUGGAGUACCCGCAGUUAAAUCCAAGCUCAACUGGAUAAACUGUACUGUACUGGCAAGCGAGGAGGCUUGCCUGUUUUUCGACAAAAGAAAAAUAAGCUCAUCUUUCUAGAUAUAACAUGUUUAUUACACUGCUGUGUCAGUUUGUGUUCGGUAGCAGUUAGACACAGUCGUGGUUUAUCUAUUCGGUGAUUUAUUUGUGUGAAGUAGUGAGAGAAAUAUAUGAGUGGUUGACAUUCAGAACAUGUAACAGCUUAGGUCGAUGCUGAGCAUCUCGCUUAGAGUAGAACGUCUUUUGGUACUCGCUGAAACCAGACACAAAACGUCUCUGCAGCCAUGUUGAAAACAGAUAAUGUUUUGAAAUACGUUAGUCUCCUUUCUGCAAAACAAGUUGGUUCCCUCUAUUGGAACAUGUCUGACAAAGACAUGAUGCUACACAGUUAUGUAAGGUUUUACAUUAGGUUCAUCAUGGUCUCUCUGUGGUUUACAGUGACAGUGAGGAAAAGGAAUCCAGGGUCUGAAUAAGUCAUUUCAACUAAAACAUUAAUAAGGAUCAGGGAAGCCUUCAGCAAAGCAAAGAGUGUUGUGAUAAGUUAAACAUAACCUCAACCCUUGGCUAUGAGUGUAAAAGCCCAUUUGAGAUGAUAAAAUAUAAAGUAAGUCUGCGACAGUUGACUCUGUAAAUUCAUCCAAAGACUUGUUUGCCCUUCGUCAUCACAGGAGCUGCCUGAAAAGCAGCCCCAUUAGCAAUAUGAUGCAAAUGAUUACACAUUAUGCGAUCUUUCAUAAGCUGCACUCUAUAUCCAACAUUGGUAACAGACAAUUACAAGUGAUUAGCCAUAGUGGAAAAUGUAAAGAACACAUAGAAAAUCUCCUUCACUGUCAGCAAUAAUGUACAGUAGCUUAAGCAAGAGGAUGAAAUGAGCUGCCAGCCAAACGAGCCCUGGGUAUUCAGUGAGAUGUAACGCAGAGGCUUCUGAAAUGAAGAAUAAGUCGGUGAAACAGACGUACAGUGUUCUUGGGUAAUGAACUCGUAUAGAAAAAGCUCUCCUACCGUCUCUGUGUCAGACUCAUGAGAAGAAAAGUUAAAACAAUGUUCACAUCCUUUAAAGCAAAGCUUCUACUUACAUGGUUUCUUAAUAUAAGCCAAUUAUUUUCUCAGUAAACCAAUCAAUAAUUUGCUUUAAAAAAUGUCGGGAAAAUUGCAUAAACUUCCCGUUAUGAUUUGUGAUGGAUAAAAAACCUAAAUAUUUAUAAAUCCUCCUAAUUUGGAGCCAGCAAAUUUUUUUUUUUUAUUGAUUAUCUUAAUAUGUGAAAAUCUCAAUUAUUUUCUCAGUUAAUCAAUUAAUUAUUUAAUCUAUAAAAUGUGAGAAAAUAAAGAAACUUCCUAUUAUUAUUCCUGACAUGUGAGUUCAGGUAUUCAUGAAAGGCUUAGAAUCCUGUUGGAACAGACGGAAAAUUACUAAAACAAUGAAUUGAUCAUUAAAAUAUAAUCGUUAGGAGUUGCAACUAAAGACUAAUCAAAUUAUUGGUUAAUUAGUAAGUUAUUUUCAAAAUUAUCUAUUGUGCAAUGAAGUGUCAGUAAAUAGUGAGAAAUGCCUGUAACAAUUUAACCACCUCAAAUUAUUCCUUUGUAAUGUCCAAUAUCAAACAGAUAUUUAAUUAUCAUGUAAGACAAAGAAAAAGAGUGACUUGCACUUAAGGACUGUUUGGGGUGUUGGGUGGUUAUGACACGCUGUCCAUUCGGUCUAAGCAGAGCAAACAAAGCAGCUGUUGAUGCCAGACUGUGUAUGAGCGACCUUGUGGAGAGCAGGUGGACAGAAGGUGGGCACAGUACAAGAGAGGGGCCUGAUCUCACAUCUGUAGUCCAGCAGCUGCCAAGCCUGUACGUGCACUGAAUUCUCUAGUCCUUGCACAUAUAGUGCAAACGUCCUCGUCUAAAGCAAACGGGAUAAAGCGUUAAUCCUGGCACUGCAGUGGUGGUGGUGGUUGUGGUGGGGGGGUUCCUCUGAGCUGCCUCAAAGGGUCUUGCCUCCAUAUUUAUCUCUCUCUGUUUCAUGAAGUGUAAGUGGACCCUAACAGAACUCCAGUUAAGUGGGAGG